AUGAAGACGCAGUACGACUGCAUUGUUAUUGGUGGAGGCCUGUCAGGUCUCCAAGCAGCUAGAUCUUUAAGAGACCAGAAUAAAACCGUCUUGGUACUUGAAGCCAGAGAUAGGUUUGGUGGAAGAACUGAAUCGUUGGAGGUCGAUGGAUAUUGGUUUGAUCUUGGUGGUCAAUGGAUGGGUGGCACGCAUACUCACUUGAGGAAGCUAUGUGACGAGCUGGGCAUCAAGACCUUUGAGCAAUAUGAUGAGGGCAAACAUGUAUUGGAACUCAAUGGAAAGAAGAUCUACUAUGAAGGAAACAUCUCAUCGUUGAACACUUCCAAAUACAGUUUGGCUGGUCUUGAGGAUGCCAUCGCCCUCGUCGAUAAACUAGCCGAUACAAUUGAUACCAAGGCACCUCACAAGCAUCCAAGAGCACAUGAAUGGGAUCAUAUGACUGUUCAACAUUGGACAACAUUGAAUAUUAAGGACGUUGAGGCCAAGAACAUCAUUGAUUGGUUCGUCAAGGUGUGUUUGGCUGCCGAUCCAUCAGAGGUUAGCUUCCUUUGGUUCCUGUUGUUCAUCAAGGCCGCUGGAAACUAUGGUCUUCUGGCUGAUAUUAGAGGUGGAGCACAGGAGAGACGAAUGAUUGGUGGCUCUCAACAGAUAUCUGAGAGGUUGGCCGAGAAGGUUGGACUGCAGUACUGCAAGCUCAACUCACCGAUAAAGUCAAUUCACCAGGAUGGCUCGGGAUGCCAGGUGACCAACGACAAGGGUGUCACCUUCCACUCCAAGUUCGUCAUUGUGACCGUGCCCCCACCCCUGGCCGGAAGAAUAGAGUAUCGUCCACUAAUGCCACCCGAGCGUGACGAGCUCACCCAGCGUCUGCCAAUGGGCACCGUCAUCAAGACGAUUGCCAUCUAUGACGAACCGUUCUGGAGACAGGAUGGAUACAGUGCCGAGGCUCUGAGCGACAAGGGUCCAAUCUAUAUAUGCUACGACGAUUCCUCACACGAUGACAAGAAGACCGCCAUCGUUGGAUUCAUUGCCGGUGGACCAGCCAAGGAGUGGGGAAGAAAGACACCAGAGGAGCGCAAGCAAGCCGUGCUCGAAUGCUACGCUCGUUGGUGGGGACCGCGUGCUCUCAAGCCCAAGUACUUCUUGGAGAAGUACUGGAAGAACGAUGAGUAUGCCAGAGGAUGCUACGUGUCCUAUGCUGGACCUGGUGUGUUGGAGAGCUGUGCCGGAGCACUACGUAACCCAGUUGGACGCAUUCACUGGGCUGGUACAGAGACAGCUUCAAUCUGGAUUGGAUACAUGGAAGGUGCACUUGAGAGUGGAGAGCGUGCUGCCAGUGAGGUGGUCGAAAGGUUAAAGUCAUCAACAUCAAAGUAUUAA